AUGUGGUGGCUAUUCAGCAUCAUCCUUAGCUCCGUCUUCCUCUUCAGCAUUGUCCUCUCCAUCCCCGUCGCCUUCGAUGUCGGCGGCCGCGACAGCGGGCUGGCCUAUAGCCUCUCGCUCUUCAACUACUACCUCUUCUACUCGGCCGUCCGCAUCCUGACCCCCGAAAGGUCCCGCCUCGGCUGGACCGUCUCGACCGCCCUCCGCCUGUCGCAAUGGAUCGUCAUCCCGACGCUGAUGAUCUGGGCCCUCGGCCAGUUUGCCGUCGACGCGGGAAGCACAAACUGGGUGGAGCGCACACUCGGCGGCGUCUUUCGCUCCAAGAGCACGAGCUGGACCGAGUGGGUGUUUGGCAAGGACGGCGUGUUGGAGACGGUCAUGCUGGGCAGCUGGGAUAGCGUUCUCAAGUACUCGGGGCCCAUGUUCCAGCUGCUCGAGGGUUUUUGCACCUUGCUCGUCAUCCAGGCUGCCGGGCAAAUCACCCGCUGGCUCGUCAACAGAGGCAGGAGUGACACCUGGGUGAUCUUUCUCCUCGCCUUUUCGGGCUCCGUCAUGGCCAGCGCCGUCUACUUCCUGUGGCGCAUCGCGCAGUUCCCCCAGAUCAGCAACCUCGACGCCACGCUCAUCGGUGUGACCAUGACCACGGCCGUAUUCCUCUGCGCCUACGGAAUCGGCAGCGGCCGCGGCAGUCCCGUCGAGAGUUCUCUGCUCUUUGCCUACAUCGUGCUUUGCGUGUACCAGAUCUUCACCGACUACCUACCCUCGGACGGAGCCAGCCAGACCGACGACGACCAGACGGCGACGCAGCCGGACAUUCCGCCCUUGCCACCCAUCAUCAUGGCCUCGUACUCGACGCUGCUGCACGUCCUGGGCUCUCUCCCCUCGGCCAUCCACUCUUCGCUGGCCCUGCUCUACGCCGCGUUUCAGACCAUCACGCCGUCCGUCAUCAUCUCUCUCACCUACCGUCUCUUCGUCUUCUACUCGGCCACGCGCAUCAUCCCCUCGGUGAGGGACCUUGGCGCGCGAGCACUGAUGCACGAGCCCGACUUUGAAGACUCGGAAACCGCCAACAAGGUCCUCGGCCUCCUUAGCUGGUUCUCACCCUCGAUCCUGGUGGCGGUGUACACGAGCCUGCUGUUACAGCACUUUUCCACCAGCGAUGGCCCGGAUGGCUGGACGCUCAGGGGCGGCGAUGUCGGAGGUGGCACGUGGCGCUGGAUCAACGUCGGCUUGACCAUGGUCUUGUAUGGCGUGGAGAUGUAUCUGGGCUCCGACGAGCAGGACCACUGGAAGGUAGAUUGA